AUGUCCAGUGAUUCGGAGGCAAGCGGUUUAUCGGAUAUGAACGAAAGUAACGAACUCAGCGAAGAUUCUGAAGAUGACUGGGGAGUUGUGGACUCCGAAAUUUUGCCCUACCAAGAUGAACCGCUAGCGGCUGAAGACGAAGCACUUGAUGUCGACGACUCCGAGGAAGAAAGAGACGUUGACGGUCUUACUCCCUCGACUUUAGCAGAAAGAUAUGAACGAACAGUUUGUUUGGAAUCUUGGUGAGUGAAUUCAUUCAGCUCCAACUCCCAUUUCAUUCCGAAAGAUCGCCAACCAAACGUACAAGUCUGGGUCAAAGAAAAAGAAAAACAAGCUUACCGUGGCCGUUCAACAUGAUUUUGUUUGGCAGGUGUCGCUGUCAACAUUGCAGAACAGAAUUAUUAGUUGGAUCGAUAGAAUUUCGCUGUUGCCGAGAAGUAACCAGCACGUCAGGGAAAAUGGUUUUUGAUGGCUCGAUUGAGAAAAUAAGCUGUAUAACACAACACGAGGAUUACGACGCCAUAACUAACCGAGCAGUUCUUGUUCAAGCGGCGCCUUUACUGAGAACCAAGGAUGGGAGGACGUAUCGCCGUCGCGGAGGAGUGUCCGAAAACGAGUGAGUCAAUACCCGCUAUUUUGUCUAUGGAACAUCUCACAAAUUUCUUUCUUAGGUCCAUCACAUCUCGUGUCAAACGAGCAAUAUUAUAAGAGGGGUCUCUAACAAUGGGAUUCUCCUGAUCUGUUUUAGGUUUAUUCGUUCUGUUGCCUACAGAUGGACUAUACGAUGGCUGUGUGGCUUCUUGGGUUGGGACAACAGCAGGCCAUUGCCAGCCUGUGUUUACCACAGCAUAAGAACAAAAUAUCCUUCGGAAACAUAU